AGUCACUGCAAUGCACGUUGAAGUAUGGUCAUUCCAUCCGCACCGCUUGCAUGUGAAUGCAAUUAGUGACAUGUUGGCUUAAAGUAGUCAGUAUUGUGUGUUUUCGUGCUGAAUAAACCAACAAUGCUGUGCGUUUAGCUGUACUUUCGAAGUCAAGAAGAGAGGGAUGCAGUAAGAAGAAGAAUAUGGCUGAUGAACAUCUGCAGAGCUAACUGGCAGAACAUAAAGGCAACUGCAUUGUGUGGAGUGUACUUUCGAAGCCAAGAAGAGAGGGAAGCAGCAAUAAGAAGAAUAUGGCUGAUGAACAUCUGCAGAGCAAACAGCAUUGUGUUGAGGUAUCUGCGCAAGCAGUUGUGCUGCACGAAAAUAGAAAUCUUCAGUCUCCUUAGUUUUGUUGGUGUGGAAGAUGUGGGUGUAGCACAUCCUCCUGAUUCCACAUCGUUUGUGGUGGCCAUAGCUACUCCACUAUUCAGUCUGAUUCACACGGAAGCUCCAUGCCAUUUCCUUCUGCAGGUUCUGCAGCACUGUUCGUGGAAGCUGCUACGGCAUCACUUUCAUGUCAUGAGCUUCCAUCUCUUCCAAAUGUACAAAAUAAUGAUUUAGACAUACGAGGAGGAGGUCAGUGUUUAACUUCUCGUAAACAAUGAAGUCGUUAGAGGCGGA